GCAAGUACACAUUUCACAGAAACAUAAAUUGAGUGGAAUCCACUAUGCAAAUUGAUUCCCAAAACUAAAAGCAAAACCCUAACAUUUUCUCAAAGAUUCAUUAACUUUCUUUCUUGGCUUUCAACAUAUCCGAUCCCCUUCUUCGUCUCUUCAUCCACAUAAAGAUUGAACCUUUUCAACAAUUUGCAGUAUAGUGACAUAAUCGGUGGUGGUGUUGUUAUGGGGGAUCAUUUCGUGUUUUUGGUUGAUCGGUUGCUCACAGAAUCCACGUUGGAGGCUGCAAUUGAAAGCAGAAACCCUUCAAAGCAGUCGGAUUCAUUACAAAAUAACGACACAAUAAUCAAUUGUUCUUCUCAUGUUCCGUUACCUCCAAAGAAAUUGGUUGAAUGUAGAAUUUGUCAAGAUGAGGAUUUCGAUUCAAAUAUGGAGACACCUUGCUCGUGCUGCGGCAGCCUGAAGUAUGCUCAUCGCAGAUGUGUUCAAAGAUGGUGUAACGAGAAGGGUGACACUAAUUGCGAAAUAUGCCACCAGCAAUUCAAGCCGGGCUACACCGCACCAUCCCCUGUCUUCCGGUUAGGGGGUAUUCCAUUGAACUUGAGGGGGCAUUGGCAAAUUGCGAGAAGGGAUAUGAAUAAUCCUCGAAUACUCGCGGUUGUUUCGCCGGACCGUAGUUUCCUUGAUCAGGAAUAUGAUACCGAUUCUAAUUCUAGAAGUUUCUUCUGCUUCCGCUCUGUUGCCGCCAUUUUCGUGGUUCUCUUGUUCUUGCGCCACGCUCUUCCCGUCAUUGCCAACAAGGCGGAUAGCGACUCUUUUCUAACAUUUAUGGUGUGGUUCUUACGAACUUCAGCGGUUGUUUUACCUAUCUGCAUUAUGAUAAAAGCCUGGACGGCUUUAAUAUGUCGGCGGCGCCAACUGGCUUCUAAUGCAUCAACAUCAUCUCUUUCUUCUUCGUCUUCUUCUUCAUCUGAUGAGGGAGAAGGCAGAACAUCUGUGCCGAACCAGCCGCCCGUCAUCCGAGUGCGCUGAUAUGGGAUGCGGUUUGAGCCACCCGGAACCAAGAAAUGAUGGCUCACGUGUAGAUGCACCCACCAACCUGUCACCUUGUGGUCCGUUAAACGCCCAAUUUUAUGGCGGUUUGGGGAAAUGUAGCUGAUUUAAGAAAUAACUGUAUUAUGAUAAUUUAUGUAUCUGGUUUUCAUAUGUACAAAGAAAAUCAAUGGAUGCAUGAAAGCGUACCCCAUAAACUUGUAUUUAUUUAUGAUCAUGCAAUCAUUUUGUUGUAUUAUCAUGUUAUGUGAUAUGUUAUUUUAUUGACAUGGAUAACUCUAUGCUCAAAUGGUUUAAUGUUACCAUGUUA